CUGGGCGGGCGGCGGCGGCUCCGCCCCGCUGCGGGGGCCGCCCGCGCCGGCAGAGGCGGCUCCGUUCGCUGCUGUGACGCCGGCGGCGCUGGAACACCUGGCGGGGCGGUGGCGGCGCCUCCGGCUCAGCCCUCCCCUCCGCCGCGGGCAAGUGUCUGAAGAAAACAGGAAACAUGGAAGGUCAUAAGUACAAUUAUCCAAGGGAAUUUUAUGACCAAUAUGCUCAAAGUCAAGAAAAAUCUGUGGUCAAUAAAAUGCAACAGAAAUACUGGAAAACAAAACAGACACUUAUAAAAGUGACAGGAAAAAAGGAAGAUGAACAUGUUGUGGCUUCAGAUGCAGAUCUGGAUGCAAAACUAGAGCUGUUCCAUUCGAUUCAGAGAACAUGUAUGGAGUUGCUGAAAGCAAUUGAACUAUAUCAAAAAAGGAUUUGUUUUCUGUCUCAGGAAGAAAGUGAAUUGGGGAAAUUUCUUCGAUCACAGGGUUCUCAGGAUAAAACGAGAGCAGGAAAAAUGAUGAAAGCCACAGGAAAGGCCCUCUGCUUUUCUUCUCAGCAAAGGCUAGCACUGCGUGCUCCAUUGAGUCGAUUACAUCAAGAAGUAGAGACUUUCAGAUACCAGGCCAUCUCAGACACAUGGCUGACAGUGAACCGAAUGGAACAGUAUCGGACUGAAUACAGAGGAGCUCUGCUCUGGAUGAAAGAUGUGUCUCAGGAGCUGGAUCCAGAUCUUUAUAAGCAGAUGGAAAAGUUCAGGAAGGUUCAAGCUCAAGUGCGACAUGCAAAACUCAACUUUGACAAACUGAAGACUGAUGUCUGCCAAAAAGUGGACCUUUUGGGAGCAAGCAGAUGCAACCUCCUUUCCAAUGUGUUAACAACAUAUCAGACAACACUUCUUCAUUUUUGGGAAAAAACUUCGCACACGAUGGCAGCCAUCCAUGAAAGUUUCAAAGGUUAUCAGCCAUAUGAAUUCACUAUGUUAAAGAGCUUACAAGAUCCUGUGAAUAAGCUAACAGAAAAAGCAGGAAAGGAGGACAUGCAGAUUGAGAGCACCAAAACAAUACAAGAUCAAGAGAGUCAGUUGAUUUCAUUAGAUGAGGACAGCCAUUCCAAGGAAUCAAACUAUUCAGCUGAUGAUGGCAAGGAUGUCAUAUCCACGUUACAAGGAAAUUGUAACCACAAGCAGAACUCAGGUGCCAUAGAUGACUUAUUAGACCUGCAGCCUGCAGGAAAUGCUUCAAAGGAUCAGUUUGUGAAGUCCUUGGAGUCAGAAUCUGGUGAUAAGGAUGACAUGGUAUUGCUGAAUGAGAUCCUCAACGCCUCCUCCCUGGACGAGGGGGAAUUCAGCAAAGAGUGGACAGCUGUUUUUGGCCGGGUUGCACUUGCUGAUCUCAGCACGAACUCUUCAGCUGGAGAUGUGGAGAACAUGGCAUCAUCUGCGGCACCGACACCAUCAGGCUACUUGCCCUCACAGCUGUUAGACCAAAACAUGAAUGACUUGCAGUCAUCUUUACAUGGAUGGGCAGCUAAUGGUGUGAGCCCCCCAUCUAUACCACAACCAGCACAGAAACCAAACAGCCCGAAUGUGAACACUAACAAGACGCCUGUGAAAGAACCUACAAAGAAUCCAAAAGACUUGACUGCCUGGUUCAGUCUUUUUGCUGACCUUGACCCGUUAUCCAAUCCUGAUGCUGUUGGGAAAACUGAUAAAGAACAUGAAUUGCUUAAUGCAUGAGUCAGCUGCCUAUGUACCCAGGUCCCCAGCACUGAGGCUGGUAACCACGACAUGGAAGCUGAUGUAGGUGCCCAGCUGCUCCUGAAGAUAAAACUUGAUUCCUUCUGCAGUAUUUCCUACAGUUUGGUACUGGCAGCUCCUUGCUCAAUAAUCCGUCUUUUGUGAGAUGUGUAACCUUCUUGAGCAUUAGGGGGGGAGCCUGAACUCCUGACUUUGGGCUGCAGUCUCUGGCAGUAAAUAAGAUAUCUACAAAGUGGAUUAACUGGGAGAUACCUAAGGUUUGCAUAGGGGUGUACUUACACUUAGAAGUGCUAGUUUUAUUGAUAACACAGAAUGUUUGCCCCAAAUCCUCUUCACCUCACACUGUAAUGACCUGCAGUGCCAAAACUGUUAGGAGCUCAAGGGAUGGACAAGCUGCUUUCCAGCCCAACUUGGUCAUCACUGAAAUAAUUUAGCAGAUUCUUGCAACUUUAAGCAAGUCUGUGGUUGCUAAACUUGCUCUGGAUUACAUUUGUCUUGAUAGCUGCUAAAACACUUGUGGAUAAUCGACUCUUAACAUUUUUAGUAGCUGAAGCAAUGAGGCUAAAAGCAAAGAUGAGGUUGUAUUAAAUCCAAAACAGCUAAAUAAGUGUUCUUUAAGACUCAAAAAAAAUGUUUGUUUUUUAGUCACAGAUUCUAGACUUCCAGGAUAUUUAAAAAAAACCAAAACAAAACAAACAAUUCCUAUCUUGGUUGGGACACUUAAAGGCAUUGCAAAAGCUCAGCUAAAGCUGUCCUGAAUCCUCAUCAUGUUUUUAGGUAGAAAACCACCUUAAUGAUCAUCCCUUUUAUACAAGGCAAAUCACAGCUGCAGGGUUCCCUCCCCACCCAACUGCACUAUGAAUCAGUUCAUAUUAAGCAUUGACUUAUUGUAAUAUGUAAUUUUUGAAAUUAACAUUAGUUUUGAAUUCUCAGUCUUUAGCCUAUGCAAUUUUUUCACACUUUCAAAUUAAAAAAGGAGCCAGAGGUAUUUAAAAUGUAAUUAAUUUUGCUUCAAGAAAAGCAAUUGAAAUCCUUAUAUACAAUGCAUUUUUAUCAUGAAUGUUUAUUGAAGUUAAUAACUAGAGCAAGAAAGCUAACCUGCAAAUAGCCUUUUUUUUUUUUCAGGUAAAAACUUAAUUACAGAGUUGCAAACACUAUUUCCCUACUCCUAACGAAGUGUAUGGCAUGUGCUUCUCGGCAGCCUGGGCUGCAGAGUCACUCCACACCCCAGUGCCAUUGUGAGAGGAUUUUCUGUGGUGCAUGCACAGGCUCAGCAGUAGUUGGGACAACAGGGUAGUAGAAAUUACCGACUGAUUGUUCUAUACACGUAGUGUUCAUCUUGAUUUAACAGGCUUCAUUCCAGUUGCAUAUUCUGGUUUAGUAGUGGAUUGUUUUAAAAUAAAAACAGCUGCAGAACCCCUGUGGCAGAUGAAAACAGUGGUAAUUGAUUAACUGUCUUUAUCUGGAAGUUUAUUAAAAGUUGACAUAAUUGGU